GAACGGUCCUCCGCAAGCAGCUGACCUCACUUGAAAUAAAAUUAGCUUUGUCACCUCGAUCCACCAUGCUUUAAAAAACAACAACAACAACAAGAACAGGCCUGAUGAUUCGGCCACCUACUUGCAACUCCCCAGUUUCGCAGAGGCCAGCCAGACUAGCCAUGUUUGUUUGUCCUUCUAGAUCAGCUCCUGCAAUGCAAGCAGCCGUAUAUGUUGGCAAUAAAAAUUUCCAUAUGUAGCAAAUUGGAAGCAUGAACCUUCCUUGAAUGUUUCUUGGAACCAAGUGAACCUCCUCUUAGUUUAAAAGCUCUUGUUAGGAAUAUCUUAGUUACCUUACCUCUACCUCGUCAUGCAUCAACAACCCAAAGUUCUGCGUUGUCUGCUUCACCCCUCGGUUCUCCUCCAUGGGAGAACUUGUCCCUCUCCUCUCCCUGCUCUGCUGCCUCACCUUUCUUCUCCAAGGAGCAGCGCCGGCGACGUUCACCAUAACCAACAGCUGCGACUACACGGUGUGGCCGGGCAUCCUCUCCAACGCCGGCGCCCCGCCGCCGUUGACGACCGGCUUCGCGCUGCCCCCGGGCCAGACCCUCGCGGUCACCGUCGCCUCCGCGUGGUCCGGCCGCAUCUGGGGACGGACGCUCUGCUCAACGGACUCCUCCGGCACCUUCUCCUGCACCACCGCGGACUGCGGGUCGGGCGCCGUAGAGUGCUCCGGCCGCGGGGCCACGCCGCCGGCCACCCUGGCGGAGUUCACGCUCGCCGGCGGCACCGGCGGGGACGACUUCUACGACGUCAGCCUCGUGGACGGCUUCAACGUGCCCGUGGUCGUGGCGCCUGCGGCGCCGGCGCCGGCGUCGGGCAACGGGAGCUGCCAGGCCACGGGGUGCCCCGCGGACGUGAACAGGGCGUGCCCCGCGGAGCUGCGCGUGGCGGCGCCGCCGCCUGCGACGGCGGCGGCGGCGUGCCGCAGCGCGUGCGAGGCGUUCGGGGAGGCCGAGUACUGCUGCAGCGGCGCGUACGGGUCCCCCGCGGCGUGCGCGCCCACGCCCUACUCGCGCUUCUUCAAGGGCGCGUGCCCCGCCGCCUACAGCUACGCGUACGACGACGCGACGUCGACGUUCACCUGCGCGGCGGCCGGCGGCGGCUACGACGUCGUGUUCUGCCCCGGCACGUCCAGCCUAAAAUCUGGCGGGAAUCCCGAGGCGGCAGGCUUGCCACCCUCCAACCCCACGAUGCAGUUCUCCGGAGAUGCAGGCAGCAGCCUUGGGACGACGAGCAGGAACGCCGUGGUUGCCCUCCUCAUCGUGGCCAUUGUCUCGCUGACAUCGACGCGACGCUGCUGAUCUCAUGCAAAACGAGAUAACUUAAACCUUAGCAUGCAAGAACUGAAGAGAUAACUUCAUUUUGUUUUCCUUUUUCCUUUUUCCCCACCGGCAGGAUUAGAGAAAUGGAACAGACAUUAUUUUCUUCCAAGAGUUCGAUCGGAAUUGUAGUUUCAGAGCUUUGAACACUAGUCAGAACUGAGCGAAUGAAUCUUUUGUAGGUAGGUUCACCCAAUCCCAAGUGUCUUUUAUUAAUUUGCCCUAGUAUUAAUCAUGAAA